AUGAAGACCUGGCUGAUAGCAACUCUGGUUAUCUGUGGAUUGCCACCUAUCUUGGGGUACUUUGUCAGCAAUAGGGAUAUUAGGAAAUAUAAUUCACUGAAAACGAAAUUCGAUGGACUUACUGAUGAGGCGUUAAAUUUACUUAAAGGUCUAAAGGGUGAACAAGGCGAAGCAGGACAAAAAGGUAUAAAGGGAGACCAAGGCUCUGUAGGUGACAACGGGGCCCAGGGCUCUGCUGGGGCUAACGGGGAAAAAGGAUUUAAAGGAGACCAGGGUGAUACAGGGAGUAAAGGAAAUAAAGGGGAAACAGGAACAACAGGAAGCAAAGGGGGAAAGGGGGACCAAGGACAGGCUGGGGAAACCGGUAGUGGAGGUACCCAAGGUAGCAAAGGUCAAAAAGGGGAGCCAGCAGCCAAAGGAGCUAAAGGCGAGGCGGGAAGCAAAGGAGAUCAGGGAGCAACAGGAAGUGCAGGGGCUGCUGGAGCUAAGGGGAGCAAGGGGGAACCAGGGACACUGAAGGGCCAAAAGGGCGAGAAGGGUGUAAAAGGCGAUCAAAACGUCAAAGGAAGCAUGGGUGACAUUGGAGAAAAGGGACAGAAGGGGGAACCGAGAAGUUAG